GGGCAAACAGGGGUCUUGGACUUCACCUCAUCCUGCCUUAUAAGUCGGCAUAAACCAUGCGGUGAAGGUGCUCGUUGUUUUCUUCACUUACCCUCUACCCCUAUACCAUCGCUGUUUGUUUUCUUAAGCCUUUGUUGGUGAGUUUCGGACUCGCCCCUCGCUGAUCGCAGAGGCUAGCAUUCUCUGAAUUGUCUGGAGCAUUCGCCGCACCCAGCGCCCGUAUCACCGACUUCAAGACCAUCCAUGGCUUCUUCAAAACUUCCCACCUUUGCACUCUUCCCUAUUGCGACAUGGAGAGACCAGGUGUUACCUGAUGAGUGGGUUGCUUGUCUCAACGCUUGGCAGGCUCUCAUCGACAGCCACCUCUCACUCUCCGACUCCGACUUCUUGGCCAUCUCGAGCAAGGAUGACAGUCUCCAGGGCUUUCUUGCCUCGUUUACCAGGGAGGUCUCAUUGGGUGGCAUCAACGUACUGGGAUCGUCUUCCUCGGCCAGGAGGCUUCUGAAAGGUUGCUUCGCUCUUGUCAGCAAGCUCCUUCAAUGCCCAUCGCCACCCAGUGGACUGGCGCAGUGGGAAUUCCUGGCCGAUGUCAGCCGGGUUUACAGCAAGAAGAAGGUUGAGCCGUUGCUGAAGAGUAUGUCGGCAGCCUCGAAAGGCUUCCUGGACUCAUCUCUUUCUGCCCUCAAGAAGUUCAUGAUCAAGAACCUCGAUGCGGGCCUUAGUGGUGGAGACCUCAAGGCCAUCGAGGAGCGACUAGAGCGGGUCAACGACUUGAUCCGCGUCUCUCCUUCAGUCGCCGAGUUCUUCCUUUCCGGCAGCGACUUUGUCGAUGGCCUUAUCAGCUGCUACAAGAUCACCAACCCUCCUCUGAGGAAAGCCUUGAUUGCAACUACCUAUCUCUGCCUCGUGGGCCUGGCGGAAGGCCAGAAGAUGUCAGCUCUUACGGAUCAGCUCUACUCCCUGAAGACCGCAGCAGAGACGCACAAGGCCGGCCCGCUCAACGUCAAUGACUCCCUCGUGGCCGAACUGGUAGCAUCCACGCCCCUCCUACAACGUUUGCAGCGCAAGAUCGAAGAAUCGGACAACGCCUCGUCUCGGACCAAGUCAGUUCUCGCGGAACUUGGAACCUUCAAAAAGCCCGGCGGCGGAAUGUCCAAACCCAAGCGUCUCGUCAAGCGCAAAAUUGAUAAAGGCAAAGGCCUCGCCGAGUUCGACGAAGCCCAAGCCCAACAAGAAAUCCAGGUGCACCGCAUGAGCCAAGUGUCUCAAGUCCAGGACCUCUUCCCCGAGCUCGGCACAGGCUUCAUCUUCAAGCUCCUGGACGAGUACUCCAAUUCGACCGAAGAAGUCAUCUCCCACCUCCUUGACAACUCCCUCCCCCCACACCUCCAAACCGCCGACCACUCCGAGGAUCUUUCCUCCCGCUCACCCCAACAGCAAUCGCGCCGCAAAUCCUCCCUCGCCCCGCGCCCAACCCCGCCCCUCACGCCAGGAGCAAACGACUCCGACGAAGACCUCACCCUCCUAACCGCCACCUCGCGCCUACACAUCGGCAAACGGCCCGGCGACGCUGACGCGCUACUCUCGCGCCCAACGACCUCCAAAGCCGCCAUCCUCUCGGCCCUCGCCGCCUUCGACUCCGACGACGACGAGCGCGACGACACGUACGACGCGGCCGACGUGGGCGGGAUGGUCGACACACCGGCGCCCGACGAGCUCCUGCCCGAGGGCAGCGAGGCAAUCCUCUUCCGCACGUGGCAGGCCAGUCCAGGCGUGUUUGCCCGCGACAACGGGACGCGCGGGGGGAAGGAGAGGGCCCGGCUGAGAGAGGAGACUGGCAUGACGGAUGAGGCGGUUGAGGGGUGGGCCGUGAUGCUGGGCCGGGAUGCCGGACUCAAGCGGAGGCUGAUGGCGAGGUACGGGGAGUGGAACGGGGAGCAGGUGGAGCUGGGGAGUACGGCGUGGCGGGCGGGGGUGGAUGAUGAGGAGGAUGAAGGUAGUGAUAGCGUCGGCGCUGGCAGGGGUCGUGGGAAUGAACCAGGGCGGGGACGGGGGAGAGGCAGAGGCGGAAGGGGCGGGAGAGGGGGAGGAGCGCCGCCGCCGGCUGCCGACUCGGAGAUCGCGAGACGAAGGAAAGAGGCAAACAAGGGGAGCCGGGCGAACCAUAACCGGCGGGAUCAGCGGGCCAGGAAGAUGACGAGGGGCGGAUUUGCGGGGUGACGUGCUUAACAUAGAUGCCCGGGCACAGCGAUGUGCAGCGUUCACAGCAUCAACCGUUAUCAUUGGCGAGAGACAAAAAGUUGUCUCCAGCUUAACCAGAAUAAGCGUAUAAAGAAUUAUUACAGCAGUGU